AUGGAAAUACAACAACAUAUAUGUGUUAUUGGCGCAGGACCGGCAGGGUUUGCCCUUGCCGCAGACCUCAUCAGCCAGGGAAAGCAGGUGCUGCUGUACUCUCACCCAACCCAUAUGCGGCAGGCCAGCGCAGUCAUCAGCAAUGGCGGACUUGAGAUCAGCGGAGCCAUAGAAGGCUUUGUACGGAUCCCAAUAACGACAGAUAUAGCCGAGGCGCUCGCAUUUUCACAAGUUGCAUUCCUCACCGUGCCGUCGACGGGCCAAGAAACAAUCCUGCAAGAGAUGGAAGGAUACGACCUGCGCCACCACACCCUCAUCGCCAUCCCCGGCAACCUCCUGUCCUUGAUCAAAAAGGCCAACGUGGAAGUCGGCAACAUCCUAGAGACCAACCUGUCGCCGUACUCGUGCCGGAUGGACGGCGGCCGGCUGAUCGUGCUGGGCCGCAAGAAGCGCGUCAUGAUCGCGGCGCUGCACAACGACGGCGACCAGGGCCCCGCGGCGACGGCCCAGUUCCGCGCGGCGGUGCAGGACCUGUUCCCGGCGGGCGUGGCGCUGCAGUGGUGCCACAACGUGGUGGAGGCGUGCCUGGCCAACGUCAACGGCGUCUUCCACCCCAUCAUGAUGCUGAUGAACGCGGGCCGCAUCGAGAGCACGGGCGGCGACUUUCUCCUGUACCGCGACGGCCUGACGCCCGCCGUGGCGCGCGCCAUGCUGGCCAUCGACGGCGUGCGCGUGGCCAUCGGCGCCGCCCUGGGCCUGCUCGUCCCCUCGACGCUCGACGUGUCCAACGCCUGCUACGGGCAGGACUUUGCCGCCCUCGAGACCCUGGCCGAGCGCUCGCCGCCGCACAACCGCCUCCGCGCGCCCGCGGAGUUUGCCGCCCACCGCAACAUCUCGGAGGACGUGCCGGAUCUGCUGGUGCCGUGGUGCGCGCUGGCCGAGGCGCUGGGCAUCGACGCCUCGCCCGUCGCUGCGGUGGUUCUCUUGGCUGAGAUGUCGACGGGGGUGGAUUUUAUGGAGACGGGGCGGAAUUUGAAAAAGCUGAAGCUAGAUGCUUUGUCGCGGGGCGAGCUCGUGGCAAAGUUUAGUCCGCCGGUUGCGCGGUACGAGAGCCGGCUGUGA